AUGGGUGAUUGGAAUAAUAUUAUAAAAAGAAAUAGACAAUAUAUCAAAGCUAAGAAUAAAAUAAAAACCCAAGUUGAAAAUAACAGAUUACAACCACUUGGAUUAACAGAAAAUCUACAAAUUCUAUUUCAACCAAUAUUAAAAAGUCAAGAAGAUAUUAAAAAGAGACUCGUGCCUCCUAUAGAACCUUCACCUCAUAAAGAUCACCCCGAACCGAUUGAAUAUGGUGCUAUUAUAAUUAGGACAUUAGAUGAUAUAAAACGUUAUUUUUCAAAUCCAAACCUAGAUUUGCCAAAGAGCAUUACACCAAUUGUUGAUAAUGAAGGGUUAUUGUUUAAUGGAUUUAGAAUAAGAUUUAGUGCAAAUUCACCACAAUUUAAAAUCGAUACAAAAGACUUUAUAUUUACAUUAACAGAAGGAUUAAUAGAUUUAAUGAAUGGUGGGGAUGUUGAUAUUGCCGAUUACAAGGAUUUAGUAGAAUACUCAAAAUUUCUACAUAUCAUAAGAAAAGCGGGACCCGAAACAAAAAAAUUAAAAGAAGUUGAUCAAUAUAUAAGAGCUAUUAUUAAUCAAGAUGAUGAAUAUGAAGUUGACGAAGUAGAUGAUUAUGGUGAAGACAAUUCAAUCAUACAAGAAAAAGAUGAAUUGGAAGAGGAGAUAGCUAGAGAAAACAGUGGACAUGGUAUAACUUUUUUAUCCGAUAAUAAUGAAGAAUUGCUUAAUAGAUUAGAAAUAAUAUUAGCAGCAAUGAAAGAAGGUCAUCGUUCAGACAGACAAUAUAAUGAAGUAAAUUGCAUAUUAAAAAGAUUCCUAGAGAAAGGUAUUAUAGAUAAAAAUGAUUAUAAAAACGUAAUUGAUAAAAUUAUCCAAUAA